AUGAGGUUUGCUUUGAGACUUCUCAGGGCGCCAAAUCAGAACAUUUCUUCUCCGAAGUUAUGGCAAGAUCCUGUUUUGGGUUACUGGGAAACUCACGGGAAAAUGGAGUUCAAAGCUGGAGAAGAGUACAAUCUCACGGACGCUCAGAAGAAGGCUGUUUUGUGGCGUUACAGAGUCAAGGAGAUUUUGAAGAAGGAGUAUCUUCGCAGAGAAUAUGACCCGGCUAACUUUAAGUACAAGGUAGGUUUGUAAAGAGAAUAAACUUUAUUUAGUAGCUUUCUAUAAUAUUCUUUCAUUUUUAGUUGUUUUACGUCAAUUUCGUUAGUAAUUUGCAUAGAAUAAGUUAAUGUAUUUUUAGGAAGGUGUCGUGAUCUGUCCGUCCAUGUUCAGAUGGUACUCCGCUGAUAUGACACAAGCCGAAUACUUUAGACUAACGCCCAAAUCAGUAUUGUUGUAUGGUGGUGGCGUUUUGCUUGCGUUCUACCUGUUCUUCCGACUCUGUCAUGUUCAAUCGGUAAGUAUUUCACCCUAUGGUUAUUCUGUUUUUAGGAAAAAGUUGCUGAGAAAUGUAUUGAUGGUGAAGUGUUGUGGUGGGAUCGUGAACAAGGUCGUAGAAUAUUCACUGCUGGUGAUGGCCACUUUGCGCUCGUGACGACUAAUGUCUAA